GGUGCUAGAACCGGAAGUGUGUCGCGGCUGAUCUCUCGCUGUCAUUCGGCCACGGUCGGUUCCAGGAGAGGGGCAGCCAAGAAGCACAGGAAUCGACUGGCUGUGUAGCAGAGAGUUAGCGAGGAAAAAAAGAAACAAAACAAAAACGAAAUAGUGCAAACAAUGAGACCGAUCGAAUAAGGCUUGUAAGAGAACUGCGGCCGAGUAAAUAGCAUACAUUGCCACGUUAGCAAAUCUCUUUUAUGAUACAAUCCAGAUUAGAGGCAGCAGAGAGAGAGCUGUGUCAUUGAGCAAGCAGGACACGUCAGGAGAAGGGAGAAAAAAAGCUGACCGACUGUACUGUACGAGUCAGCUAUCAAAUCGCCUCUCAUACGCUUUGCCUGCUGUACAACCUCUGUCAAGGACAUCACAUUUGCUCUCAAGCCAAGGAAAGAGUCUCAACUGAGCCAACGCCGGGAUCUAAGGUGGUAACCAAAAGGACCAAACGAUCACGGGAUAGCAUUUGUGUGUGGGGGGAGAAAACAAAUGGGGGAUUACGGGUUUGGAGUCCUAGUUCAAAACAACACUGGCAACAAGUCUGCAUUCCCGGUCCGAAUCCACCCGCAUCUGCAGCCCCCACACCACCACCAGAAUGUGUCGCAGAGCCCUGCUGCUUUCAUAAACAGCACCACAGCCGCAGGGAAUGGCACCACGGGAGGCUCUCCCUGGCUUUUUCCUGCCUCUGCCACCCACAACAGUGUGCAAGACGAAAUCCUGGGAGGGGCAGAGAAGCCCAAAGCACAGCAGCAACAGGAAAUGCAAGAAACGCAAGAAAAGCAGCAGCAGCAGCUGUCCCCUGGGAGUCACCAGGAGAGUGGAAGUGGUGGAGGGAUCAUUUCAGAACUAGAGAAGGCCCGGUCAGACGAAGGCAAGACAGACAAUGGCACGUCUGAAGGGAGUAAUGGAAAGGAGAAGCAGCUGCGUCUUGAGUCUCCGGUCCUAACAGGUUUUGAUUACCAGGAGACAUCUGGUCUCGGGGGAACUGGCCCAGUUCAGUCCAGCACAACCUCAUCGUCCCUUACUGGCUUCAACAACUGGUCGGCCGCCAUCCCGCCGGCGCCGUCCACCAUCAUCAAUGAGGACGUCAGCUUCUUCAACCCGGCUUCCGCCAACAACGGGCCACUGCUGUUCCAGAACUUCUCACACCAUGUCAGCCCGGGGUUUGGUGGGAACUUCUCCCCACAGAUCGGACCCGCGGCGGCAGCCUUGUCCCAGCACCAUCCCCCUCCUCCGCCACACCCACACUUCCAACACCCGCAUAACCAACACCAGCAGCACAGGCGCUCCCCGGCCUCCCCCCACCCUCCGCCCCCCUUCCCGCACAGGAACGCAGCCUUCAGCCAGUUGCCGCAUCUGUCCAACAGCCUGAAUAAGCCCCCAUCCCCCUGGGGUCCAGCCAGCUACCAGAGCCCCUCUCCUUCCCCCGGCUCCUCCACCUCCUGGAGUCCCGGAGGAGGUUAUGGCAGCGGUGGCGGUGGCUGGGGUGGGUCUCAGGGCAGAGAAUAUCGUCGGGGUCUGAACGGUGGGAUGACCCCUAUCAACUCUAUCUCUCCACUGAAGAAAACCUUCCCGAACAACCAUGUGGCGUCCCAGAAGUACCCUCGAAACAGUCCUGCGGGCUUCAACCCCAAGUCCUGGAUGGAUGACGGAGUGGGCCGCAGCGAUAACAUUUUCCCUUUCCAGGAGCGUACCAGGUCAUUUGAUGGCUUCAACAUGAACACUCUGGAGAGCUCCCUGAUCGACAUCAUGAGGGCCGAGCAAGACACCCUGAAAGGUCGUCUCGGGUUCCCUCAUCCAGGAGGGGACAACCCUCUGCCCCUCAAUGGCCAUUCCUCCCUGUUCCCCAUGGAGGAUGGCUUCCCUGAUGAUGAGCGUGGCGACCAGGGUCUAGCGGGCCUCGGAUCGCCGCACUGCUUCCCUCACCAGAACGGAGAACGCGUCGAACGCUACUCGCGCAAGGUCUUUGUCGGAGGACUGCCCCCAGAUAUAGAUGAAGAUGAAAUAACAGCCAGUUUCCGGCGUUUCGGUCACCUGUUUGUAGACUGGCCUCACAAAGCAGAGAGCAAAUCCUACUUCCCCCCAAAAGGCUACGCCUUCCUGCUGUUCCAGGACGAGAGCUCGGUGCAGGCUUUGAUCGAUGCCUGCAUCGAGGAGGAUGGCAAGCUGUAUCUGUGUGUGUCCAGCCCCACCAUCAAAGACAAGCCGGUCCAGAUCCGCCCAUGGAACCUGAAUGACAGCGACUUUGUGAUGGAUGGCUCUCAGCCUCUCGACCCCAGGAAGACCAUUUUUGUAGGAGGCGUCCCUCGCCCUCUCCGUGCAGUGGAGCUGGCCAUGAUUAUGGACCGUCUGUAUGGCGGAGUUUGCUACGCUGGCAUCGACACAGACCCUGAGCUGAAGUACCCCAAGGGAGCGGGGCGGGUCGCCUUCUCUAAUCAGCAGAGCUACAUUGCUGCUAUCAGCGCUCGCUUUGUACAGCUGCAGCAUGGAGAAAUCGAUAAACGGGUGGAAGUGAAGCCAUACGUGCUGGACGACCAGCUGUGCGAUGAAUGCCAGGGAACUCGCUGCGGUGGGAAAUUUGCGCCGUUCUUCUGCGCCAACGUCACCUGUCUGCAGUACUACUGCGAGUACUGCUGGGCGGCCAUCCACUCCCGCGCCGGCCGAGAGUUCCACAAACCCCUGGUGAAGGAGGGAGGCGACCGACCCCGCCACAUCUCCUUCCGCUGGAACUGAGCAGAUGACAGAGAGGGAGAGGCAACAGGGGAGCAGGAGGGAGGUAGUGCAGGAGUCGCAAAUCAUUGUACAAAUAAAUGCACUUUUCUGUUGCUGGUUCCUUUUUGCUCUAAUUUCACUGAACCUUUUCUCAUUCUUAAGUUAAUAUAUAUCUAUAUUUUGAAGAUAGAAGAGAAAAGAAAACUGGAAUUAUAUCCAAAUAUGUCCAGCAAAGGAAAAAAAAAAGAAAAAGAUGUGUAAUAUAAUUUAAUUUAUCCAUUUGAUUUUUUUAAGUAUUUUUUUAUUAGUCCACAAAAUAUAUAGUAUAGAGGAAAGAUUUGGUUGGAAGAUGGUACUCUGCUAUUCAAUUGGCAUGUGAUUGGCCAUUUAUGUCAAAGCAGUAUACUUGAUUUUAAUUUUCAUACAAGAGACCCCAGAUCAAAAACUAUUCAUUUGGCAUGAUUGAUCUUUUAUUUCUUAGCAGAGCUAUUACUUUGCAUUUUGUUAUGAGGCUCCAGAGCAAAUGUGAAUUGAAAAGGUGUUGCUAAAGAAGAGUGCACUUAUUUCCUAUCAGUAGAGUGCAAAUACAGUAUAUGAGACCCUUAGUAGUUAACCAAAGCUGAAUCUCAAUUAAGUUUGAAGAAUAGAGAGGGCAAACUGCAGAACGAAAUGGGUUCUUAUUUCCUCCCAGAUCAAAAUGGUUGAACCUCUUUUUAUGUUUUCCAAGACCAUAGAAAUAGUUUGAUGUUACUUGAAGAAAAAACAACAACAAAAAAGUCAGCAACACGCAUUUGGGUUUUGAUCUCCAUUUUGACAUGCAAAAACUAAUACCUCAAGCUCAGCUGCUAAUGUGCCGAAUACAGUUAAAAAAAAAAAAAAAGAAAAAAAGAAAGAAAGAAAAGAUAAACGCCCGCUGGUGUUCUCCUUUCCUUGAAACCACGAUGAAAGGGAAGUGAUGCAACAGGCGGAGUGUGAUGUCAUUGGCACAGUUUUGUACUCACUGCUUCAUCACCUCCUUAUUUUUGUAAUCCAACCCAGGGUUGUGCUAGGGACAGAGCAGAGCAUCGUGCAGUGUACAGUAUAUUAGGGGAAUGUAUGGCACAGAGAGACUACAUAGAGCCGGAGAGGCUAGCCGGUGAAGAGAUAGUCCAAGGCCACUCCCCCUCCUCGAGUCUGCCUGUGGCACCUGCUGCUAAGCCAGCUGCUAGCAGAGGGUCGGGCCUUGUAGUUCUGGAUACUGGGGACCCAAACCCAUGUUUCAGACCCCUCCUCGUUGUGUCGCCACACAUAGGAGCUCCAAUCCAGGUCAUUCAGACUAAGGUGAAGGUAACUCAUCAAGAACAGACCGGUCGACUGGCAGUCUCUCGCAGUUCUCACGGGGCUACCAUCUGAUGGGAAAUGCUUGUCUUUAUUACUUUUUUAAUGCAUUUGUGCAAUUCUCCCAAGUCUUUACUUAAAGCUCUACGUUGAAUUCUAGAGUCAGCCAUGUUUAAUGAAAGAAGCAAUUUAAAGUUUAUCUGAUUUCCGAUUCAUCAGCACGCAUUUGAGUCGUAGGGGGAUCUGCCCUUUCGGUGAACCCUCUAUCCCCUCUCCAGCCGAGCUAAUCCAACUCAGCAUCCAGUGUUUUUGAAGCAUAAAUGAAGAUAGUUCCUGCAAUGUGCUCUACUACUCCACACUUGUGACCCACGUGCAGUUUGCUCUCUAAACCAAGACUGCAGUUUCUAAUAGGUUGCACCCAGUGGCUUUAGGGAACCAAAGAUGGCUGUGCAGUAGUAGGUCAUACUGUAACUCAUUUCCUAUCAAGGUUUUUGUUCUUCUGUUCUUUCUUGUUUCUUUAAGGAGUUUUUUCAUAUAUUUUUAACCUGUCAUUUCUAUCCAGUUUUGCUUAAUUGUCAAGCCCAGAUGGACUCCAGCAAACCAAAGAUUGGCCUUGAAUAUACACACACAUAUAUGUCUAUAUAUCUCUAUAUCAGUGCAGUCAAAACCCGGAGAACACCAGUGAACGACGACUGGGCCUAUUCAUCUUACCUGCGCACACACACACACGCACACACACACACACACACACACACACAGGCAGGCCUUACACUCUCUGUAGCUCAGCAUGGAGGGGUAUGUUGAUAGGCUGUUUUUGUUUUUGUUUUUGUUUUAUCUGAGUUAGGCCUGCAAGCUAGUCAUGUUUUGAGGAAAAUUAACAUACAGAAUACAUUCACACAGCAAAAGUAAAACUAAUCCGCACAUUUGUUUGAAGUUUUAAGUCACUCAGUGGUAUCCGACUCUACUAGCCGAGCAUUUAAAUAUGUCAGGGAGUUAGUACAGAUCUGUAAACUUGAUUAUUAUACACACUAGUGAGAAACGUAUCCUUGUAUCGGCGUGGUGUUGUGCUGUUGCACCAGUUUUGCACCCUGGACAUUAGUUUUGUGGGUGUGGUGGGUGAGCAUUUUAGAAGUAAAAACACUUUGUGAAGAAUUUGCUGUUAAAUGAGAUGAAAAAAAAAGAUUAUUUUAUACAUGGCCUGCUGAUUUUUGGUACAGUGUUUUCUAGCUAAAUUAUUUUGUCAUGCACAUAUAAACAUUUAUUAUGCACUACUUUUCUAAAUAUUUUUUCUUUUUCCAACAGUCAUUUUAGGCACAUUUUUCACAAAUGGGGAAACUCCUUUUUGCAAUACCUCAAUUUUUCACAUUGUGAAAGGUAGCUUUUGUACUUUUGUUACUGAGAGAUCUGCAUAUAUGGAAAUGUUCAUUUUAAGAAAAAAGUUGAGUGAUUUCAAUAUAUCUUAUUUUCAAUUAUGCUUUUUAUACAUUUCAGUGCUGAGGAAUCUUUACAACUAAGUGCGCACUUGUGUUGAUGCGACUUCAAAUCUGCAGAGGAGAGACCAAAGUGUAUCGCUCUCUUGGUCUUAGCUUUCAUACACUAGAUGUUUCCAGUCAAUCUGGUCAAUAACAGCAUGGCGAGAAAAAAAAAAAAAAGAAAUUCUUUGAAAUUGAUGUUAUUGUCUCUAAAAA